AUGUCUGCUUCGAUCAAAUUACCAGAUGACAUCAAAGAAUAUAUUGAUCCAAUCGAUCAAGUACAAAAAAAAAUCAGAAAAUUGGCCGAACUUAUUCGUAAUUCAAAUCAUGUGGUUAUGUUCACUGGUGCAGGUGUUUCGACCAGUGCUGGAAUUCAAGAUUUUCGAGGUCCUUACGGUUAUUUGACACUUCUUAAAGAAGGUAUUCAGUCUACUCUUGCAGAUCCCACAAGAACUCGUCCCACUAGAGGACAUGCUGCCAUUUAUAAAUUAUGUGAAGAUGGUUAUAUAAAACAUUUGAUUUCUCAGAACACAGAUGGUCUUCACUUACGUAGUGGAAUUCCAGUUACUUCAAUAUCAGAAUUACAUGGAAACAUUAACAUUGAGAAAUGUCCAAUUUGUGAGAGAUCUUAUUGGAGAAAUUCCAAUGUACUUAAAUCUUCAGCCGAAGUUAAAGAAACUCACGAACAAGGUCGUAGACAUGAAACUGUUCGUCAAUGUGAAAAUUGUGAUCAAGUUCUUCAAGAUACAAUUAUCAAUUGUUUCGAUCAUGCUGAAAGCCCGCAUCAACAACCACUUACAAUAGCUCAAACUCACACCAAACUUUGUGAUUUAUAUAUUAUUCUUGGUUCUUCACUCAUUGUUUAUCCUGCAAACUGUUUUACACAGUAUGUUGCUACCCGUAAAAAACCGGUGAUUAUCGUUAACUGUCAAAAAACUCCAUAUGAUGAUUUAGCCUAUAUACGAAUUUUCGCUAAAAUCGAAGAUUUCCUCACACUUUUAUGUAGAGAACUCAGAGUGGAUUUAAUUAAUACUGAAGUAACAGAUUUAGAAUUAGAUCAAUCUUUUAAAGAUAUGAUUAUCACGUUAAAUGCAACUAAAAAACUUGAUUGUGUCAAGGAAAGAACAGCCCAAUUGAAAAUGAAAUCAGAACAUGAAUUAAUGCAGAUUUUGACUGAAAGAUGUAUUUUAUAUAAACCUAUUGAUAGAAUAGAUGUUAGGAGAGAACAUUUGGUUAAUACUGUAGUCAAAAAAUGCAGAAAUACGAUUUAUUGGGUGUGA